AUGGGUCCUCAUCACAUGGAGUCGUCGCUCGAGUCCGGUUAUGCCUCCGGUGCCUCAUCAUCCGCCUCUCUCCCAUCAAUUGUUCUCGCCAAACCACACCUUAAGUUCUUGAACCAAGCACUUAACAACCUCGCCCCCAUUGACGUCUUACGAUGGUGUAAGAUUACCUUCCCCAACCUCUACCAGACGACCGCCUUCGGAAUUUCAGGCUUAGUCACUCUGGAUAUGCUCUCCAAGAUCCAUUCCGAGACUCCAGACCUCCCUACCAUUGACGCCAUUUUCCUUGAUACACUAUAUCACUUCAAGGAGACACAUGCUCUGAUUGAAAAGACCAAAGCACGAUAUCCCAACGUCCAUCUUCAUGUCUACAAGCCUGAAGGUGUUGAGACCACUGCCGAGUUCGAAGCACGACACGGAAAGGAGCUAUGGAAGUCCAAUGACAAGCUUUACGACUGGGUGGCCAAGGUCGAGCCUGCCCAACGCGCCUAUUCGGAUCUCUCUGUGGCUGCUGUCCUCACAGGUCGCAGACGAUCGCAAGGUUCCAAACGUGAGAGUCUCGACAUCAUCGAAAUUGACGAAGCUGGCCUGAUAAAGAUCAAUCCUCUCGCUUCAUGGAGUUUCAAGCAAGUUCAGGACUACGUCAAGGAGCACAACGUCCCAUACAACGAACUUUUGGAUCGAGGAUACAAGAGUGUCGGUGAUUGGCACAGCACCGAACCAGUGAAGGAAGGCGAGGAUGAGCGUGCUGGACGAUGGAAGGGACAAGCCAAGACUGAAUGUGGUAUCCACAACAAGAGAAGCAAGUAUGCUCAAUUCUUGUUCGAGAUGGAUCAAAAGCGUCAACAGGAAGAGCUUUCUGCUGCCUUGAAGGUCGUUGAAGUCCAACCAUCCCCACCCGCUUCGCCUGAAAAUACCGAGAACCAAACUGAAGCUGCUGCCAAGCUGGAAAAGGUUGAUCCCAUGGAGCCUUUGUCAGGAACCGUGGAAAAGAAGUCUGAGGCUAUGGAGGGUGUUGAGUUGACCCCACCAUCGACGCCACCAGUUGAAGCCAUGGAUGGAGUUGAGGUUUCGGUUUUAGAGAAAGACCAACUUCUUGAAGAGCAAGUGCCUACCUUGGAGGAGAUCCCAGCACCAGCGCCAAUCGAGCAGAUCAAAGUCAUCGAGCCAGCUCAUGUUUCUUUUGCUGGAGAAAGUAAAACAUCGUCUGAGCCCGCUGUGAUCCCUUCGGAGAACAAAACCGAAGCCGUCGCAGCUCCAACCACUGAGCAGACCAAAUUCGAUUCCGACCUUGCUGCUGCCAAGGAGAAGUUUGAGCACCCCGAACAACGAGUCGAGUCUGUGGCCAUCGAGGCUUGA